AUGUCGGUCCGAUCAAAAGCUCCAGAGUCAGAUCUGAGCUUCGGAGCCUGCAAUCAAAUUACCCGUGUCUAUUCGGUAAAACCCACCGCAUCCCGCAAAAUCCGUGAAACCAAAGGCUUAUGUAUCCAUGAGUUCUAUAAUUAUACUUACGAUACAUUAGUAGGAAACAAGUUUCUGACUCCGGAGAAAAGCCACGUACUGCAGUACCGUAGUAGGAAAGACGGAUUUACCAGGUCAUAUGGGUUACCGAAACUGAAGAGGACAAGGAUGACGAUCUGCGUUUACAACGCACGUACGCCUGCACUGAAAGCCCUCAUCAGGGAUCUGAUGAUGCAGGCCAGAAAGACUAAAUACAAAAUUAUCGGACUGAACGGACAAGACCACGGCACCCCUCUAAAUGCAGUAUACGAGACAGAGGGAGAAUUGUUCUUGGGAACAUGCGAUAUUAGAGGAGUUGGUGCCUUUGUCAACAAAUAG